AUGUCGGGGAAGCUCCGUAGCUGUAACGAUGAGAAGUUUGUGAAGUUGUGUAACGUGUUGGAGGAAGUUCUAAUCAGGAAGACUCAGAAGGCAAAGUUGGGUGUAUUGGAAAAGUACAUUACGGGAGCCUUUGAGCCUAAUGCUGAUCUAUACCCUCUACUACGACUCAUCAUCCCACAAUGUGACACAGAUCGACAGAGUUAUGGUAUCAAAGAGAAAGCAAUGGCGAAAAUGGUCUCUGAGGUUCACACCUUGCCAACGACUGAGGUGGAUAGACUAGUCCAUUACAAAGACGUGACUAAGCAGCUUAUGAAGAGAUGCACUGCAGGGGACUUCCCCAGUGUGCUUUACUCGGUGUUGGAGGACAGAGUAUUAGCAGCGUCGAGUUCAAACCUGAUUACUGUUGGACAAAUUAAUGACAUACUGGAUAGACUUCAUAGUGCACAGAACUACCAGGCACAGAAAAAGAUAUUUAUUGAAGUCGCUACGAGGUGUGGAGCUUUGGAGCAUAAGUGGAUCGCUAGAAUGAUCAUAAAGGGUUCUAUGAAGUUGGGGGUUGGAGAAAAGGCCAUCCUGGGUCGGCUCCAUCCGAGGGCUAUUGAAUGGUAUGAUAAUAGCAUGUCUCUGAAAUACGUUAUGGAGAAUAUCAAUAAAGAUAAUGGUCGUGAUGAUGGUGACGAUAGUGGCCGACCAUGCUAUACGUCCUCCCCUGUGCUGAACAGCAUCAUGUUCCUUCGGCUGAAACCUCAGAGGGCUGUGGUAUGGUCCAAAAAAGUGAUGGAAAACUAUUGGAAAAAUAGCAAGAGGAAAACUGCCGACUACAGCGGGAGGCAUAAAGACACUACACUCUAUAGUGAGGUUAAGUUCGAUGGUGAAAGGAUGAUCGCUCACAUCGACAAGGCUCCUCCUGGCCCCGACAACGCCCCUCGGGUUACUUUGUAA